CGCUCUUUAGUCAAGCGGAGAACGCGUAUCGAGAUGGACACGGAUGAGACAAAGGCGGGCACCUCGGGCCCAGGGACGUUCCAGGAUGAGGUCGACUUCACCAGUGGCUACGAAACGCAGUAUCGCAAAGAGUACAGCCCCUUGAAACCGAUCUUCGUACCCCCGCCGGAUAAGAAACACGCCUGGUUUCGCAACUGGUCCACCAUUCUGAUGAUACUCUUCCUGUCCGUAGUCUUUAUCGUGGGAACCGUAAUGCUGGUGGUCCAAGUAUUCACCGCCAGUCCCCUGCAAAUCUUCAUGAUCGUGGCCAUUUAUGUGGCCAUAGCCGCUGUGAUGAUUUGGCUAGAGGUGCAGUCUAUUAAAGUACGAUGAAAUAACAAAUUCAGUGACUAACUCGCUGCGUUAUCAUAUAAAAAUGCCGUCCCAUUUUUCAACGGUGGCAAUCGAACUGUGUUGUGCAAACAAAUUGAAAGCUUAACUAAAAAGAAAACGACUUUAUUGAUUAGGCGCUAAGAACCAAAAACCCUGGCUUUAAAAUAAGUUCAAAAUAAAGAAAUACAACUUAAA